GCAUCAAUUAGGAUUCCAGGAAUUCAAAUAGCAAGCAUGAAGUAUAUCUUUGCUCCACCUGCCAACAAGGGUCUUCAGCAACUCAACCAUGCCUUGUUUGAAUCCAGUCAUACACUUCCUGCUUUGAAAAUCCCUGCCCACGCAUCUGGAAUUGCCAUGGAAACACUUCGUAGCCAUAUUCUUGUAGCUCCUCGACUUCGCACUAUUGUAGAUGAUCCAACUGACAAAAAAUGGAGAUUAUUGCUACUUGAUCCAUCAAUGGAAGCAUCAGAAAUUAAUGAUCUUCCUAAUCCUCUUAAAGAAUUUGCGUUGAAGCAUGAGGCUAAACUUGUUAAACAUACGAUCGAGCUUAAAUACGAUUAUUGGACUUCAGAUCAAGUUUUAAGAUCGAUUUUGCCGGAUGAGAUGGAAACUCCGGGUGCAUUUGAAACUGUCGGUCACAUUGCUCAUCUUAAUCUGAGAGAUCGAUACCAACCAUUUAAGCAUAUCAUUGGACAAGUCAUUUUAGAUAAAUCGUCUCAUAUCAAAACUGUAGUGAACAAAUUAGACAACAUUGACCACACCUUUCGCUUUUUCCAAAUGGAAAUUCUUGCUGGUAUUAAUGAUAUGAAUGCCAAACUUAAAGAGGGAGGAUGUUUUUUUCAUUUUGACUUUUCCAAGGUAUAUUGGAAUUCUAGAUUACAAGGAGAGCACGAUCGAAUCAUUAAAUUGUUUGGUCAGAACGAUCUGAUAUGUGAUGUAUUUGCUGGAGUUGGUCCAUUUGCAUUACCGGCUGCUAAACACAAACGGUGUGUAGUAUUUGCCAACGAUUUGAAUCCUCAAUCGUUCAAAUAUUUGAUGGAAAACAUCAAACUCAACAAGCUUGAAACUCGAAUACUGCCAUUCAACAUGGAUGGACGCCAAUUCAUCAAACAGUCGCUAGAGGAUCUAAAUAAUCCAGCGAUCUGGAAUAAGAUUACCAAGCAAAAACCGACAAGCAAUGACAAGAAGCGUAAUAGAAAGGUCGAAUCGCCAACAGUUGCUCCUUUGACUGAUCAGCCCGCAAUAAGUGGUAUACGGCACUUUAAGCACUAUGUAAUGAAUCUACCUGCAACUGCUAUCGAGUUUCUAGAUGCGUUUCACGGUCUGUAUAGUGGCAUGCGUGAUGUAAUUAUGGACUCCGACUUGCCCACGAUUCACUGCCAUUGCUUUUCCAAUGCCAAAGACGUCAAGGCAGACGUGAUUGAGCGGGUAGAACGAGUGAUUGGAAUGCCGCUUGGAUCCAAUCUGAUCAUGGUCCAUAGUGUUCGAACUGUAGCACCAAAUAAGGACAUGCUAUGUAUUUCCUUUCGACUCCCAUCUGCCCUUGCAUUUGCCGAACCCAAAAUCCUUGGGAAAAGAAAAGGCUUAGAGACUGAGGAAAACUUGGUUUCUCAAUCUGAUGUUUCUAAAUCUAGUGACAAUAUACUAGAGAAAGAUACAUAGAAUACUGUAAUACAAUAUAUUAAAAGCA